AUUCCGGCGGGUUAGCGAGGUCGGUGGGCUGCUGCUGGUUGCUGGUGAAAACGAUUAGGCUUCACGAAUUUUUGUCGCCUUUACAUUUUUCAUCGUGCUUUAACGGGUUGAAAAACUUCUCACACAUUAAACUUUCUGUCCCGUGGUGCAACGUCUUGGUUGGCAACUAGAUGACGAAGGAAGGAUCAGCAGGCGGAAACACUGGCCAAAUCGCCCAUCACAUCCACGAGCUAAGUGUCGAAGAUGAAGAGAGACUCGGUAACCUCUUCAAACAACUCGACGUUAAUGGUGAUGGAAGAAUCGACAUCCACGAUUUGUCCGUAUCACUUCGUCGUAUGGGGAUCCACCAGAUGCCAGGACAUGCUCAGAAGUUCAUCGAGCGCUCCGACCAGAACAAGAGCGGCGACCUGACGCUGGCCGAGUUCGUCUACUACGUGCUGGAGCACGAGAAGAAGCUCAAACUGGUCUUCAGUUCGCUCGACCACAAUAAGGACGGCCGCCUGGACCUGGAGGAGAUCUACAGCUCGCUGCACAAGCUCGGCCUGCAGGUGGACCGGGCGGAGGCGAAGCGGCUCCUCCAGCGCAUGGACAAGGACGGCACGCUGGAGAUCAGCUACGGCGAGUGGCGCGACUACCUGCUGUUCCACCCGAGCUCGGAGCUGCACGACAUCCUUCAGUACUGGAGACACUCGACGUACCUGGACAUCGGCGAGGACCUCAAUGUGCCGGACGACUUCAGCGCCGAGGAGCUGCAGCAGGGCCUGUGGUGGCGCCACCUGCUGGCCGGUGGCGUGGCCGGUGCCGUCUCGCGCACCGCCACCGCCCCGCUCGACCGGCUCAAGGUCUUCCUGCAGGUGCACGGCAAGUCCCACUUCUGCAGCAUCCAGCACUGUCUGCGCCACAUGCUUAACGAGGGCGGCGUGCGAUCACUGUGGCGUGGCAACGGUAUCAACGUACUCAAGAUCGCACCCGAGUCGGCGCUCAAGUUCAUGGCCUACGAGUACGCCAAGCGCGCGUUGCGCGGCGACCGGCCGCGCGACAUCAGCAUCUACGAGCGGUUUGCGGCCGGCAGCUUUGCCGGCGGCUUCAGCCAGACCGUCAUCUACCCGAUGGAGGUGCUCAAGACGAGGCUGGCUCUCCGCCGCACGGGCCAGUACAAGGGCAUGGUGGACGCCGCCAUGAAGAUCUACCGCGCCGAGGGCCUGCUCAGCUUCUACAAGGGCUACGUGCCCAACCUGCUCGGCAUCAUUCCAUACGCCGGUAUCGACCUGACCGUGUACGAGACACUGAAGAAGCGCUACCUGCGCAACCACGACGAGUCUGAGGACCCGGGCGUGCUGGUGCUGCUGGCCUGCGGCACGGCCAGCAGCACGUGCGGCCAGAUCGCCUCCUACCCGCUGGCGCUGGUCCGCACCAGGCUGCAGGCGGCCGCGGUGCUCCAGCAGCAGGCGGGCGGUACAGACCCGGCCACACUCAACAUGCGCUCCCUGUUCCGCUCGAUCAUACAGCAGGAGGGCUUCCUCGGCCUGUACCGCGGCAUCGCGCCCAACUUCCUCAAGGUGGCGCCCGCCGUCAGCAUAUCGUACGUCGUCUACGAGAAGUGCCGGACUGCGCUGGGCGUGACGAUGACGUAACGAAGCUGCCGUCUAGAGCAAUUGGCGUGGCCGCCGCGGCCGGUGGUCGCCGGCCGCGCCCCGGCGGCUGGCUGGCCGCGGCGCGGCCGGCGGCGGCCGUGCGAUAUUCCCGGUCGGCGUCGCAGCGUAGUCGGUAGCGUUGGUUAGCUAGUGGCGGGACGCUGGCAGUCGCGGAGACCAAUGGGAGGUGCCGGCCGCGCGGGCGUGGGGGCCGGUCGGCGGCCUGCGCGCCUCCGACGCGACGCCCGCGCUCCCCGGUCGCGGGGCUUCUACUCGAGGAGCGCGCCCUCCUGUCCUACGCUUGAUUCUGAUGGUCCGUUAUUUAUUGAGCGUCGAUGGUGCUGUUUUACGUGGCUGACACUUGUUACCUUGUGCGAUGUGCUGGCGCCGUGCCGGCCGCUGCCUGUGUUUGCGUGAGGUGCACGCGGUCCGUGGCCGCCUUAGCUCCGUUCAGAGGGUGGCGGCGGCGUGUUGUCGGCCGUUGACGCGUGGGCGUGCAUGGGGAGGCGACCGACGCCCCAUAGGGGGAGAAUCAUGCCAGUUUGCCUUGUCGCGGCUGAUCAAAUGUCAACCCUGGAGAUGCACCACUGAAGUGACCGAAUCAGUAGCUGGUGUAGCGGAGUGGCGCGGGUGGAAGGGCCACUCGGCCGGUCAUUUUUAGAUGAUUGUUGUCCGCCCGGUGAGCCCGGACGGCGACGAUCGUUCUGUAUAUGUUCUCCCACCAGCAUGCUUAGGUCAAUCGUUAUCUGGCUCGCUCUGGUCAUUUCCUCCCUAUUGCGUCUUUCAGGGACUCAAUGUUCGCGGUGAAAACAGUAUUGGCACCCGUCUGCCCUUGAGGUGGACGUUUUUAAGCCGUUGUUUUCUAAAUCGAGAAUAAAUCUUAAAAUAAUG